CAUAACACCAAACAAAAAGAACUCGUACUAACACAUAAUGAAGCGCGUUUUCUUAAUACAAUUGGUUUGAUCCUACAACAAAAUGUAGCCAUGGCCUUAAAAGUAAGAGGCGGUGUUCCUACCGCUAGCCCAACCAACAAAGGCAGCACACCGAAUCCCCUCAUCGAAAAGGCGUGUGCUAACGCACAAUACAAAGAUUCAUGCACCCAAACCCUAAAGUCACAACCAGAGAGUGAAACGGCUGACAUGAAGAAAUUGGCAUUUUUGUCCCUAAACAAGACUAAGUCUCUAGGGUCAGAAAUUGCUACAUGGGUUGGUGACAAGCUUGAGGACCAAGAGUCGAUGGGGCCUGGGAUCGAGCAAGCCUUGACCGAUUGCAACGAUCAGUACACCGAUGCAAUGGCUCAACUCGAGGACUCGUUGGUGGCCUUCUUCUCUAAUGCUUAUAAAGAUGUUAACACUUGGAUGACAACCGUGAUGAAUAACGCAAAUAGUUGUGAAGAUAGCCUUCAAAAGGGAAAUGCAGUUGAUAUUAUGGGUGACAAGAAUAAGGUGUUUGCGCAACAUUGUUCUAAUGCUUUGGCUGUUGUUAAUGCUUUGGCUCAGAAACAGUAAAAACGUACAUGAAUAUUUUAUGGUUAGAACUUUUUUUAUUUUAUUUUCAUCUUUGUUGUGUUGUACUGUUGUGUCGUGUCGUGUUGAGUGUGUAUGUUUUGGCAAUGUGGUAAAUAUGUUACCGAAUAACAUU